ACUCUUUCAUACCCUUUUGGUUUGGUUUCAUUAUAUAACCUAAUCGUAUCUACAUAGCAUUUUCAUUCUCCAAGAAAAAAAGAAGAUAAACCACACUUCACCUACUUCUUCCGCUAUACUAUAGUAAAACCCUACUCUCCACUCAUUUUUUCAAGGGAUAGAUGGCAUCUACUUUUGCUGGUAUGUCCUCAGCAGGACCCUUGGCUGCUCCUAGCACUUCUUCAAACAAGCUUUCGUCUGUUGCUAAUAUAUCUUCCACCUCUUUCGGGAGCAAAAGAAAUGUUGUACUUAGAAAGAACCGCAGUCCGAAAAUUUCGGCUGCAGCGAAGGAGUUGUACUUCAACAAGGAUGGGUCAGCUAUCAAGAAGCUGCAGAUUGGUGUGAACAAACUUGCUGAUCUAGUUGGAGUUACUCUUGGCCCAAAAGGAAGAAAUGUUGUCCUCGAGAGCAAGUAUGGUGCUCCAAAAAUCGUUAAUGAUGGAGUUACCGUCGCCAGAGAGGUUGAAUUAGAGGAUGCAGUAGAAAACAUCGGUGCGAAACUAGUGAGACAAGCUGCUGCCAAAACCAAUGACCUGGCUGGGGAUGGGACUACAACAUCUGUUGUGCUAGCCCAGGGCCUUAUUGCUGAAGGUGUCAAGGUGGUUGCAGCUGGUGCAAACCCUGUCCUGAUCACCAGAGGAAUUGAGAAGACUGCAAAAGCAUUAGUAGCUGAGUUGAAGAAAAUGUCCAAAGAGGUGGAAGACAAUGAACUAGCAGACGUGGCUGCAGUAAGUGCUGGGAACAACUAUGAAGUAGGGAGUAUGAUUGCUGAAGCCAUGAGCAAGGUUGGAAGAAAAGGUGUUGUGACACUAGAAGAGGGAAAAAGUGCUGAAAACAGUCUCCGUGUGGUUGAAGGAAUGCAAUUCGACCGUGGUUACAUCUCUCCUUACUUUGUUACUGAUAGUGAGAAAAUGACCGUUGAAUAUGAGAACUGUAAGUUACUACUGGUUGAUAAAAAGAUAACAAAUGCAAGAGAUCUUGUUAAUGUCCUGGAAGAUGCUAUCAGAAAUGGUUACCCAAUUUUAAUUAUUGCUGAAGAUAUUGAGCAAGAAGCUCUAGCAACACUUGUUGUCAAUAAGCUUAGAGGUGCCUUAAAGGUUGCCGCCCUUAAAGCUCCUGGUUUUGGUGAGCGAAAAAGCCAAUAUCUUGAUGACAUAGCAACCCUUACCGGAGGCACUGUGAUUAGGGAGGAACUCGGUCUCACCUUAGACAAGGCUGACAAGGAAGUUCUAGGCAUUGCUGCUAAAGUGGUGCUAUCUAAGGAUUCCACUACAAUUGUUGGUGAUGGUAGCACUCAGGAAGCAGUCAAUAAGCGUGUUGCGCAGAUUAAAAACCUGAUAGAGGCUGCUGAUCAAGAUUAUGAAAAGGAAAAACUUCAAGAAAGAAUUGCUAAAUUAUCAGGAGGUGUGGCUGUCAUACAGGUCGGAGCACAAACUGAAACUGAGUUGAAAGAGAAGAAACUUAGAGUGGAAGAUGCUCUCAAUGCAACAAAGGCAGCUGUUGAGGAAGGUAUUGUUGUUGGAGGAGGGUGCACACUCCUCAGACUUGCAGCCAAAGUUGAUGCCAUCAAGGAGACCCUUGCAAAUGAUGAGGAGAAGGUUGGAGCUGAUAUUGUCAAAAGAGCAUUGAGCUACCCAUUGAAAUUGAUUGCUAAAAAUGCUGGUGUUAAUGGAAGCGUUGUCAGUGAGAAGGUGCUCUCAAGUGACAAUGUAAAAUUUGGAUACAAUGCUGCAACUGGCCAAUAUGAAGACUUAAUGGCUGCUGGCAUCAUUGAUCCAACAAAGGUGGUGAGAUGUUGUCUAGAGCACGCCGCAUCUGUGGCGAAGACAUUCUUGAUGUCCGAUUGUGUGGUUGUUGAAAUCAAGGAGCCUGAACCAGCAGUUGCUGGCAGCCCAAUGGACAACUCAGGAUACGGAUACUAGGUGAAUGAAUGAAGGCUACUGAUUAGAGGAACUGCCCCUGCCAGAUGAACCAACACUAUCUGGUGGCAAUGCUUGAAAGCCUUUAUUUUUUGUAAAAGUUUAGGUAUUCAUUCUUGGAAGGAUUUAGAAAUCCUGGUGGGAGUAGCAGCCUUUCAGGGUUCGGCACUGUAUGAAUAUGCAAUUUAAUGUGUAAUUGCAGCUUCAGUGGAUGUUGAGUGACAGGACAUAAAUAAAUCUUCUAUAUAAUUUCUCAU